AAUGUCCAAGGAAGAAAAAAAGGGGGCUGGAGAAUUUGGAAAAAGUUCUUUUUAUGUUGGACUUCUGACGCCUCCUGCACAUUUUUUUGGAGUUACAAGUUGAACUUGUUUGAAUGUUGGACUUCUGGAUGUUGGACUUGUGAAAAAAAGUUGUGUUGAAAAGUUGUAGUUGUGUUGAAAAGUUGUAGUUGUGUUGAAAAGUUGUAGUUGUGAGGCGUCCUGCGGCUUGUUCGGCGUCCGCGGCAGGAGUUGUGUUCCUCCGCCACGAGGAUGUUCCUCCGCCGUCACUUGGCGCUGCUCAUCGCCGUCUUCCUGUCGCCGACCCGCGGCUACUUCUCCGAGGAAAGAUCCCCGGAGGAGUCCAGGAUGCAGCCUCCCACCGUGGUGGUCGCCGUCAUCGCCAGGAACGCGGCCCACUCCUUGCCCUACUUCCUGGGGGCCCUGGAGAGGAUGAACUACCCCAAAGAGCGCAUCUCCGUCUGGGCAGCCACAGAUCACAAUGCCGACAACACCACAGCCGUGCUGAAGGAGUGGCUGACGGUCAUGCAGAAGUUCUACCACUACGUUGAAUGGAGACCCUCGGAGAGACCCGUGUCCUACGCAGGAGAGCUGGGGCCAAAGCACUGGCCCAACAGUCGCUACGAGUACGUGAUGAAGCUCAAGCAGGCGGCGCUCAACUUUGCCAGGAAGCGCUGGGCCGACUACAUCCUGUACGCAGACGCUGACAACAUCCUGACCAACCCCGACACCCUCAACCUGCUCGUAGCCGAGAACAAGUCCAUCACAGCACCCAUGUUGGACUCUCAGGGCGCUUACUCCAACUACUGGUGUGGCAUAACCCCACAGGGUUAUUACAGGAGGACGGCGGAGUAUUUCCCCACCCGCCACCGCCAGCGCCUGGGCUGCCUCCCCGUGCCCAUGGUGCACUCCACCAUGCUGCUGGACUUGAGGAAGGAGGGCAUGAAGAAGCUGGCCUUCUACCCGCCUCACAAGGAGUACUCCUGGCCCUACGACGACAUCAUCGUCUUCGCCUUCUCCUGCCGCGCCGCAGCCGUCCAGAUGUUCCUGUGCAACAAGGAGCGCUACGGCUACCUCAACGUGCCCGCUAAACCUCAGCACACGCUGGAGGACGACCGCCUCAACUUUGUACACCUGCACCUGGACUCCCUGAUCGACGGUCCUCCCAUGAAGCCUUCACGCUACGUCCACGUGUCCCCCAAGCACCGAGACCUGAUGGGCUUUGACGAGAUUUACUUGAUCAACUUACGGCGACGCCCCGACCGCAGAAACAGGAUGUUGUUGUCGCUCAACGAACUGGAAGUGGACGUCAAAGUGGUAGAUGCUGUGGACGGCAAUGCAUUAAACAGCAGUGCCAUCAAGAUCCUGGGUGUGGACUUGCUGCCAGGUUAUUACGAUCCCUUCUCAGGACGCACUCUGACCAAAGGGGAGGUGGGAUGUUUCCUCAGUCACUUCUACAUCUGGAAGGAGAUGGUGGACAUGCAGCUGGACAAAGCGUUGGUGUUUGAGGACGACGUUCGCUUUCAGGCCAACUUCAAGCGGCGAGUCCUGAGAUUGAUGGAGGAGGUGGAGCAGGUGGAGCUGGACUGGGACCUCAUAUACUUUGGCAGGAAGCAGGUGAACCCCGCCAAGGAGGAGGCGCUGGACCACGUGAACAACUUGGUGAUGGUGGACUACUCCUACUGGACCUUGUCCUACGCCAUCUCGCUGCAGGGCGCCCAGAAACUCGUCAACGCCCAGCCGCUCGCCAAGAUGCUGCCUGUCGACGAAUUCCUGCCCAUCAUGUACGACAAACACCCCAAUGAAGACUACAAGUCCCACUUCCCCAACAGGAACCUGCAGGCCUUCAGCACACGCCCCCUGCUGGUGCAGCCCGCCCACUACGCCGGCGACGCCCACUGGCUGAGCGACACCGAGACGUCCACGCUGUGGGACGACGACGCCGUGCGCACCGACUGGCGCGGCUCCCACAAGACCCUGAAGGGGGCGGUGCCUCCGCCAGAGGUCAUGUCGGCCGCCUACAGGGACGAACUUUAGGCGGGCGACGCCCUUAGGGGGCGUGGCCUCACCGUGAGGGUCAUGUGACCCAGCUGUGUCUGAAAGUGGACUGUGACACUAGUCUUCUUCUCAUCCAUCACCACACCCACUUUCUUCCUGUCCUCAUCACCACACCCACUUUCUUCCUGUCCUCAUCACCACACCCACUUUCUUCCUGUCCUCAUCACCACACCCACUUUCUUCCUGUCCUCAUCACAACACCCACUUUGUUGGUGUCAUCAUCACCACACCCACUUUGUUGGUGUCAACAUCACCACACCCACUUUGUUGGUGUCAACAUCACCACACCCAAUUUGUUGGUGUCAACAUCACCACACCCACUUUGUUGGUGUCAACAUCACCACACCCAAUUUGUUGGUGUCAACAUCACCACACCCACUUUGUUGGUGUCCUCAUCACCACACCCACUUUGUUGGUGUCAACAUCACCACACCCAAUUUGUUGGUGUCAACAUCACCACACCCACUUUGUUGGUGUCCUCAUCACCACACCCACUUUGUUGGUGUCAACAUCACCACACCCACUUUGUUGGU